AUGGCCGAUAUAAGCGGUAGUGUCCCUCCCAUCGCUUCGUCACACGCGGCGAAGCUAAACAAUGUAGUAUCAGAGCGAGUUCUCGUUCCCCUAACCCUCUCCCAAGUCGCCGAAUUCAUCUUUGACGUUCUACCUGGCGAGUUGGGCGUCGAACAACAACAUGCGCUCCGAGCAGCCCUCGAGAAACGCCCCAAUUACCGGGUCUUCUUGUCCGUCCCUGUUCCCCCCGCCAUUGAAAACCAGGACGGGGUCCACGAACGUGGCGAGGUUUCCUCUGUGCGGUCAGAAGAUAGGGUUGGUGGUAGCCAAGAAUGGACCAAACCUUUGAGGACUCCACCGCCUACCGAUCUUGUUUCCCAUGUGGAGAAACCCGUUCGCCCUUUGGAGCACUCGACCGCAAAUGCUAUCGCUGUGGAGUCUAAUGGUCCACCUAUAAAGGUGGAAAACAACCGAUCCAGCCUGGAACGCACUAUCCGACAGCCUCCUAUGGCAAAAGAAGCCAUGACCGAUCCGGCAAAUUCAGUCACCGUCGAAACCGCAGACCAUGUUGAGCAGGGAACGGUAAAAAUCCCAGGCGUCAAAAACCGGGUGGAUAGUCAACAGACUGGCACUGCAGUAGAUUCCGGGCCGAUCAAAGCAACUUAUGGCUUCAGACUAUAUGAAAUCGCCCCUUCUCCUCCUGUCACUCCACGUUCUAAGGGCUACGAAUCUACUGUACCCAAUACUCCGCAGUCUCCCGUUUUUCGACAGCCUAAUUUUGGGGAUUUACCUAUGGAUGUUACCACGGCUUUCUACUGUCCGGAUGCCGAUAACAUUAUUGCCGGAAUUCAUCGUACGGAUACGGAAAUCCGUGAAUUCAAUGCAGGAAUACAACAUCUCAAAGAAAAAGUGAUGCGAGAUUACAAUACAAAAGUGCGCCCCUGGGAGGAAUCGCCUGAUUGUUGGUCUACCGACGCCAUGACUCCUUCUUCUCCUUCUUCUCCUUCCUCUCCUUCACCUUCUCAUUCCCAUCUCACCCAGGCAAUCGUGGAACAAGACUCAAAGGUCAAUGCCAUCGAAUCCAAAGCCACUGUUCCUAGCCGGCGAAAUACUCCACCCCCCCAAGCUCUGGGCACACCUAAACCACCAUCGAAACCUCGAGUUCUGACGACGUCUGACCCGCUGACCGAGGUUCAGACUGAGAAGUCUGUGAGUGCCCUUACGGAGCGCGCUCGUCGUCUUCGCCGUCGUACGACAUUGGCCGAGUAUAGUAGUACCAGCUUGCUCAGCUCACCAACACCUACGACAGGAGCCAAGCGUCAUCUUCAGGACGAAGAACCACAGGACCGACCCAACAAAUCGAGGAAGACCAUUUGA